AUGGCCAAGACCCUCAUCGACGGCGGGGCUGGCCUCAACGUACUCUCUGCGGAAACUUUCGGCUUGCUCCACGUGCCGCACGACCGGCUCCGCCCCACCAAUCCCUUCUCCGGGGUUGGCAGCGGUUCCACAAGCCCCCUAGGGCAGAUCCGCCUCCCUGUCACCUUCGGCACCCGCGACAAUUACCGCACUGAGCUUAUCGACUUCGACAUCGCCCGCAUCGACCUCCCGUACAACGCCAUCAUCGGGUACCGGGCCCUGGCUCAGUUUAUGGCAGGGGCCCAUCCUGCCUACAACCUCAUGAAGAUGCCGGGAAGCAGUGGCGUCCUCACAGUGGCUGGAGACACCAAGGAGGCCCUAACGGCCCUCAGGCUCGCCUUCAGGGCCGCAGCAGCAGCACACUCAACUGACGAAACAGCGCCUGGGGCCCAGGGGGCUGCACCGACCAAGAAGAAAUAG